GCCUAGUUUCAACCUAACCUUCCUUUUUUUAUUAACAUCAACACAUCAACUUGUUAAACAAAGUAUUCUUUCAUCUUUUUAAUCAAAAAAUGGAUGGUAUAAAUCUUUUUAAUCAAUUUGUGGCUUUACACAAGCCCCAGUUGUUAGCCUCCGGAGUGCCACAACAUUUCUGGUCGACAAUUUAUCAUAAAAUAACCACCGAAACAUUUGAUGCUGGUGAGGCCCUACAGUUGAUGUUAAUCGAAUAUGAUGAAGAGGAAGAUAGACAUAUUAGUGCGGAGGAGAAAGAGACGCGGCCGGUAUUUGCUCUAUCAGUAGCCUCUGAUGCAGGACUACAAGCUAAAGAUCCUAAUAACAUUUACCUGGUAGAUCACUGCUGGACAUUUCGUUUGAAUAUGGCCCGUCAACAGCUGGAAGAAUAUGAGCAUUUGUGCAAUAGACUGUGUGCCAUAACGGGUGUAGAUUUGGAGGAUAAUGAUCGUGUGGAUAAGGUAAUGAGAAAAAUGUGGAAAUAUUGUCAGGCCUAUACGCUGGCCAGCGAUCAAUUGUCCGACGAGGAGAGACAGCCUAUUUGGUAUGUUAUGGAUGAGGUGGGUUCAGCAGUGGGACACUCGGAUGAGCCCAAUUUCCGUCUGGUACCAUUUUUACAUUUAAAUAGCCAAACCACCUACAGUCUGUUGUUUCCCAUAAAAGACGUUGAAUGUGGUGAUUUGGUGUCUCGUGAUUAUGUCGAGUAUGUCAGCAAAGAUGCUGAGGAAAGAAAGGCCUUACUACUGCCCUGGUCGCAUGUAGACCUCACCAAGGAAAGCUUUUUGCAAUAUGAACCUUCAGCUGAGUAUUUUAGCUCUGGUCAUAUACCGGAAACCUUUGCCAGCGAGGAUGAAAUGCAAGAACCUCAAUUCGAUCGUAAUGAACCUUUAAAAGUUUUCACCGAAUACGAAAUGGUGGAACAGCAUUUAACUUCGCCCUGUUUUACACUCGUAGAUAAUCCUGAGUCUGCCGAUAUUCUUUGGCUAACCACACAUUACAAAAAAUUCGCUGAAUUGUCGCGUGAAACACCCAACAAGUUUAUUAAUCAAUUUCCCUUGGAGUAUAUCAUAACUAUUAAAGAUUUACUUAGCAUAACCUGUAGAAGAGCUGCUGUGGAACACCAUAAUAAGGAAACAUUGGAAACUUAUCCUCGUUGGUUGCCUGCCACUUACAAUUUAAAGACCGAAGUUUUGCAAUUCGCUUCUUAUUAUCAAAAUCGUGCCGCCAAAGGUUUGGACAAUCAUUGGAUUAUUAAACCCUGGAAUUUGGCUCGUGGCUUGGAUACCCAUAUCACCGAUAACUUUAAUCAAAUUGUGCGUUUACCCUCUACGGGACCAAAGAUUGCCCAAAAAUACAUAGAAAAUCCUGUACUCUUCUAUCGUUCCGCUCUGGAUGCUCAAGUUAAAUUUGAUAUACGCUAUGUUAUACUCCUAAAAAGUGUUCGUCCUCUAGAGGCCUAUAUACAUCGUAAAUUCUAUUUACGUUUCUCCAAUAAACCAUUUUCACUCGACCAUUUUGAUGAUUAUGAGAAACAUUUCACGGUCAUGAACUAUCAGGAGGAUGCCGAAUUACAUCAUGUUAAAUGUGAAGACUUUUUAGAUUUCUGGCAGGAACAAUAUCCUCAGAACGGCUGGACCGACAUCGAAGACCAGAUAUGUUGCAUGCUGUAUGAAAUGCUAGAAUGUGCCACUAAAGGUUCAGCUCCCAGUGCUAUACAACCUUGUUUACAGUCGCGCGCUCUAUAUGCCGCUGAUAUAAUGUUGGCUUGGGAGUCGAAUAGUGAUAAAAAUGUUCCUCACAUUCAGCCAAAACUUUUAGAAGUCAAUUGGACCCCGGAUUGCAAGAGAGCUUGUGAUUAUUAUCCCGAAUUUUACAAUGAUAUUUUCAAGUUAUUAUUUUUGAAUGAAGCGAAUGAUGAAGUUUUCCGUUUAUUGAACGGAAGUAAUUAAAAUUGUAUUAUAAUCUACUAUUGCUGCUAUAUUUUAUUGAUAUUUAAGUUUUGUGUUGUACUAUUUUAUAUUGCUAUUAUUACAAGUAUAAUGGGAAUUAUAUCGCAAUAAAGUUUGGUAGUCUUAAAAGCUUUAAUAAAACAUUAUUAAUGGAAAUUA